ACCCAACAAAAACGGGAACCUUUCCUCGCCGCUCUCCCACCGGCCCUAGGAAACGAACUCUCCUCUUCUUUUACCCGCCGGGACCAGGACCCGGGACCCCCCUCCGCCCGCUCCCGCCGGACCCGGGAACCCCUGAGCAGUCAUGGGCUGCACCCUGAGCGCGGAGGAGAGAGCUGCGCUGGAGAGAAGCAAACAGAUCGAGAAGAACCUGAAGGAGGACGGCAUCACCGCGGCUAAGGAUGUCAAACUGCUGCUCCUGGGGGCCGGGGAAUCUGGGAAGAGCACCAUUGUGAAGCAGAUGAAAAUUAUCCAUGAAGAUGGCUUCUCAGGUGAAGAUGUGAAACAGUACAAGCCUGUGGUUUAUAGUAACACUAUCCAGUCCCUGGCAGCCAUUGUCCGUGCCAUGGACACUCUGGGCAUCGAAUAUGGUGACAAAGAAAGAAGGGCCGAUGCCAAAAUGGUGUGUGACGUGGUGAGUCGCAUGGAAGAUACAGAACCUUUCUCUCCUGAACUGCUCUCGGCUAUGAUGAGACUUUGGGCAGAUUCUGGAAUCCAGGAGUGCUUCAACCGAUCCAGAGAAUAUCAGCUUAACGACUCUGCUAAAUACUACCUAGACAGCUUAGAUCGGAUCGGAGCACCAGAUUACCAACCUACAGAACAGGAUAUCCUGCGGACUAGAGUGAAGACCACUGGCAUUGUAGAAACUCAUUUCACCUUCAAGAACCUCCAUUUCAGGCUGUUUGAUGUCGGGGGACAACGAUCAGAGCGGAAGAAGUGGAUUCACUGUUUUGAAGAUGUCACAGCCAUCAUUUUCUGUGUCGCUCUGAGUGGGUACGAUCAAGUUCUUCAUGAAGAUGAGACUACGAACCGAAUGCACGAGUCUCUAAUGCUCUUCGACUCCAUUUGUAACAACAAGUUCUUCAUUGACACAUCGAUCAUUCUCUUCCUCAACAAGAAGGAUCUAUUUGCUGAGAAGAUCAAGAAGUCUCCUCUGACAAUCUGCUUCCCCGAGUACACAGGUCCCAACACUUAUGAUGAUGCUUGCGCUUACAUUCAAGCACAAUUUGAGAGCAAAAACCGCUCACCCAACAAAGAGAUCUACUGCCACAUGACUUGCGCCACAGAUACGAAUAACAUCCAGGUGGUAUUUGACGCCGUCACUGACAUCAUCAUUGCCAACAACCUCAGAGGCUGCGGCUUGUACUGAUUCCUCUGUAUAGCAAUUUAUUUGCUGGUGAAAAUAAAAUGCAAGUUGUUAAAAUGAGAAGGCGAAAUGAAAAACAUAUAUAUAAAAAAAAUUUUAGGUUGUCUCAAAGAGCUGUCAACAGAAUGGAUUUCUCUGCUUCCCCCUUUUCCUACCCCUAAAGCAGAAGGUGGUUCUUGAUUUUUAAGAAUCUCUUCGGGUGUCCUAUAAUUCACCCUUUUAGUUCUGAGAGAGCCUGAGUCGUAAUUUCAACCUCUCUCCAGAGUCAAUGAGGGUACAAAAAUAUCUUAGAUAAAGGGGAGAUCAUAAAUCUAUUUCAAUCCUUUUUUUAAGGAUUUUUGUGAUGCUUCAACGAUCACACUCUGCUUCCCCAUUAAAAACAAAAAAAGAAUCAGGUACGUCCUUUCUGUUCAGCUCUUGGGUUACAAAACAACAAAAAUAAAAACAAAACAUUUUCCAAACCAGGUAGAAGUGUUUGUGAGACUUGCAGGACAGUGCACUCAACAUUUUUUUUUGUAAGUUUUUUUUUUUUGUGGGUGCUGUAACUGUAUGAGGGUCUGUGAGGGUUCAAGGGAUGCCCCUCUAGUUUGAUAAAAGCUCAGAAGUGGGCCCCUUUUUUGUCUUGAAAAGGUUUCAGUGCCAACCCAAACUGCGGAGUCAGGGGAACAGUCUCCAAGAAUCUCGGGGGGGGGUGCCUACCCCGCUGUCCCUCCUUUCUCCGCACUGCUCUACGGACCCUCAAAUUGACGUUCUGCUGGUAGCAUGACCUUUGGCCUUUGUAAUAAAAAGACAAAAAACAAAAAAACACAGCCUUCCUUAAAAGUUGAUGUGUAAUGUUAUCACUGAAUUAGUGGCUGCAUAGGAUGCUGUAAAUCUGGUUUAGCUAAGUCUGUACAUUUAGAAGAAACUAAACUGUUUUCUUUUCUUUUUUUUCCCACGUGCUUGUAGCUUAACACCACCUCCCCUAAUAUUAUUAAUACCAUUUUUAUUUUCUUGCACCAGUUGUAAACAAGCAUCUUUUUAAUUGUCUGAGACCCCUUUCACUGCCCAAGAGGUCAGCUUGGCCUCCAGCAAAGAAUGGGAUCAUGGAAGUCCAUGUUCUUUUGGGGGAAUUGGGGUUAUUUCUGUUGGACUUGAAGCCCUACGUAGAAAACGAA